AAAGACCGCCGAGCCCGAGAGAAAGAGGAAGAAAAUACUGCUGAAGCCAGAGAGCGAACAGUCAGUUUCCGGUCUCGCUUCUCUUUCUUUCACACCGCGCAAACAUGGUACUGAUUCUCUCUCUCUCUCUCCCUCCCUUCUCAGUUGUUUAUGGGCUCUCCGUGUCCCCAAUCGCUCUUGUUUCUUUUGCCGGCGACGAUGAGUACACUCCAUGCUGUGAAUUUCGACCUAAUAUUACCUCCAAUUACUCAAGUUUUGUAUUGGCGGUGUUGAUUAUUAUUUUCUUGCAGUUGUUCUUCUCUUACUUCAAAGACCUGGUGGGCAGAGAAGUGACGGUGGAGCUCAAGAAUGAUUUGGCAAUAAGAGGAACCCUUCACUCUGUGGAUCAAUACCUCAACAUCAAGCUCGAGAAUACUCGCGUUGUUGACCAAGACAAGUACCCUCACAUGCUUUCAGUGAGGAACUGUUUCAUCAGGGGGUCCGUGGUUAGAUAUGUUCAGCUACCUCCGGAUGGCGUUGAUGUAGAUCUGCUUCACGAUGCUACCAGGAGAGAGGCUCGUGGCGGUUGAAUGUUUUUUCUGUGUCGAACCAUUUCCUCAUGUACCAUGUCGCUCAGUAGUUGAUGUAACUGUUCAACCUCUAUACAAAGCUCUCUUAACAAUCAAAAUGUUGCUUUCUAUGGAAGGCAAAGUGGGAAGUUACAUAAACAGAGACGAGGCAUGGGAGCACCAUGAUUGUUUUUAACAUUUCUGCUAUUACAUGGAACCUGUGUGAUAAUCUGCAUUUUGUUUGGUUUUUUAUUCUCUCCAUCAGAGCAAAAACCUUCUUUCUUCAGUUAACGAA